GGGCAUUUCAGAGGCUCUCAGGAUUGUUCUGUCUGGGGGAGAAGCCCCUGGUCCCAGGUCAGUAGAAACUGGCAGGGGAGCCCUCCACGGGUGGAGGCCUUUCGUGGUGCACACGGACUUCAGGCCACCGGGGAUCUGGGAGUAACUACAGCAGGCUGACGGGCCGCCAACAGGCUUAUUCCACGAGGCCGUGAGCACCAUGGUCCCCGUGUCGGCUGGACUGGGACGAUGUCCUGUUGGCUCCACACUCCCUGCUGCCGGGGCUGGUGCGGGCAGGGAGGCAGCCGCUCAGUCUGUCCAUAUGAUGGGGGUAAGUAAGGGAGUAUAGGGUGGCCUGAGUGAUGCCGAGAGCUAUGGGUGGCCAGGACCAGCUCCAGCCUCCAGGCAAGCAAAUGUGUGACCCCUCAGGGCUGCGGACACUCUUCCCCACCUCACCCCAGCUGGGCCUCCCUCCCACCUCAGGGUCUCCCUGGGCCUCUGUUUCACCCCUGCUGAGCCCUGUUCUCCUCCUCUGCCAGGGGCAGCACAGACUCCCCCCACCCCCCUUCAGCAACCUCUCUGGCCAGGUCACUCAGUGGUAGGGGCAGGAAGAGGGGAAGAAGGGCUGAAGGUGUUCCCCUUUGCCUGUAAACAGAAAUGCUGGGUGUUUCUCAGUGGCUGCAAAGAUGCUGAUGAAAACCCCAGGAUAUUGAGUCAUUGUGGUGGCCAGCUGAUAGCAUCAUUCCACUUUGCCCUGAACGAGAGGCAGGGUAGGAAGCCUGGAAGCUUCUCUCAGGUCCAUGGCCCAAGCAGCCCAUGGAAUCUCAUAACCUGAGCUCUUCCUCUCCCCUCCUUUCCCUCCCUCCCUCCACUCUCCCUGCCUCCCUCCCACCCUCCCUCCCUCCCCUCCUGUCUUCAACUCCUUCUGCCUUCACCACAGACUUGGGGGCCCCCGGAGAGGCCUUGGGUUCCUGCCUCCCAGCCUCCUCCCACAUGGUGUCUGCCUUCCUGGCGCCAAUCCUGGGUGUGGAGUUUGUCCUGGGCCUGCUGGGCAACAGCUUGGCUCUCUUCAUCUUCUGCUUCCACACGCGGCCCUGGACUUCCAACACGGUGUUCCUGGUCAGCCUGGUCGUUGCUGACUUUCUCCUGAUCAUCAACCUGCCCCUGCGCGUGGACUACUACUUCCUGCACGAGCACUGGCGCUUCGGAGCCACCAUCUGCAAGCUCAACCUCUUCAUGCUGUCCACCAACCGCUCGGCCAGCGUGGUCUUCCUCACGGCCAUCGCCCUCAACCGCUACCUGAAGGUGGUGUGGCCCCACCACGUGCUGAGCCAGGUGUCCGUGUGGGCUGCCGCCAAGGUGGCCGCGGGGCUCUGGGGGAGCAUCCUGCUCCUCAACGGGCACCUGCUCCUGGCCGCCUACACCGACCACUCCUGCCUCAGUUACCGACUGGGAGCAAAGCCCUCGGCCUCAGUCCGCUGGCACCAGGCACUGUUCCUGUUGGAAUUCUUCCUGCCGCUGGCGCUCAUCCUCUUUGCCAUCGUGAGCAUCGGGCUUACCAUCUGGCGCCGCAGCCUGGGUGGCCAGGCGGGCCCGCAGAGAGCCGUGCGCAUGCUGGCCGUGGUGGUGGCUGUCUACACCGUCUGCUUCUUGCCCAGCGUCAUCUUCGGCUUGGCUUCCAUGGUGGCCUUCCGCCUGCGCGCCUGCCACGCCCUGGCCGUGUGCACACAGCUCUUCCAUGGCUCCCUGGCCUUCACCUACCUCAACAGUGUCCUGGAUCCUGUGCUCUACUGCUUCUCCAGCCCCAGCUUCCUCCGCCAGACCCGGGCCCUGCUGGGCCUCUCCCAGGGCUGGCAGGGCCCAGCGAGUGACGAGAGCUCCUACCAGCCCUCCGCCCGGCGCUGGGGGACCUCCAGGAAGGCGAAGGCUACGGACAAGCUACGGGAGGAGGUCCGGCUGGAGGGCCCACUAGAGUAAGAAGCACCCCUCUCCCCCAUCCCAGGACUGGCGGUUAACGGAGCCGCAGGAGUAAGGAUGGCCUGGCUCUGACCUAGAGGGAUAAGGUUGCCAGCACAGGGUGCUCAACCAACUGGACAUCUGUAGGAGCCAAGUGGGUGGCAGGGGAAG